AUGGGUUCUAGGGUUCUUCUUCUUGUGCUGCUUGGUGCACUUUUUUGCACCCUUGAUGCAAGGAGGCUUGAGAAGGGUUUGUUUAGGGAUGAGAAGAACUUCUUUCACCAUCCAGGGUUUGGUGGUGGUUUAGGGGGAGGAGGUGGUGGUGGUUUUGGUGGUGGUGGAGGAGGUGGUUUAGGUGGUGGUGCUGGAAGUGGGUUUGGUGGGGGUGCUGGUGGUGGAGCUGGUGGUGGGCUUGGUGGUGGUGCUGGUGGUGGUGGAGGGUUUGGUGGCGGUGGCGGUGGUGGAGUGGGUAGUGGAUUUGGAGGAGGAGCUGGAGCGGGAUUUGGAGGUGGUGCUGGUAGUGGACUUGGUGGGGGAGCUGGAGGAGGUGGUGGAGGAGGAUUUGGAGGUGGUGGUGGACUUGGUGGUGGAGCCGGAGCCGGUGCCGGCGGAGGAUUCGGUGGUGGAGCUGGAGCUGGAGCUGGAGGUGGAUUUCCUUGA